CCUGCCGGAUAACUGACACUUGAUCAAGACAGGAGGGGGAUAGGCAGGAGGGAGAGAAGGAGCCGGAGGAGAUAAGGAGGGACGGUAGCGAGAGUGUUUGUACUAGAAACUCUUCAGUAGAGGUUGCGGAUUGUCCCUCCGCUCCUCAGAACUUAGUAGUAAAACAGGAGAAGAUAACAUCAGCCCAGACGGGUAGAGUCUGAGACCUGUGACGGACAAAGUGACCAGACAGCCUCCACUAUAAACAGAUGUUCUGGUCAUUUGCUUGAGCAUAUUCUACAGGCUAAGUGCCUGCUUGAUACUUCUACCGGAACGGCUCUUUUCCACACCAAUCAAUAGUGAUUGACGAGGGCCUUCUCAAAGAGCUUGGAGGGCCGCACAGGACAGCAGGGAAUUUCCGGUGUCCACAGCAUCAGAUACAGCCCGCCAACAAUGAUGUCUGUGAACAACCAAAAACGUGUCAAAACUGUGAAAAAUAACAACGCCAUAAAAGGAAGCGUGCUAUGCAAACAGGCUCAGAAGAACACAGCGCCACGCCAUGCCGAGGUGUUCCCUGAUGAAAAGGAAAAACAGAAGGAAAGGAAGAAGAACGACCCACAUGUCAAGAACAAGGAGAACAUACUGAAGUCUGCGCCAGCCGCGGAUGCGCAACAGGUGAAAUCGCACACGGCGCUCGAGAGGGCAUUGUACGACCUGUCACACACAGAGCGGGUGAUGAACGACGUCAUUCUGGGACGGAGGGUGGCGUUCUAUGAGUUGAGAGGAGAGAUCGGAUGCGGAAAUUUCUCCAAGGUCAAACUGGGGAUUCAUGAUCUGACAAAAGAGAGAGUGGCGGUCAAAAUCCUGGAUAAGAUUCGGCAAGACAAGCAGUCACCCUCACUGUUUGCCUCUGAGAUCUCCUGUAUGGAGAGGCUGUCCCACCCUAACAUAGUGUGUCUCUACGAGGUGGUAGAGACUUUCAAGCGCGUGUACCUAGUCAUGGAGUACGCCAGCGGAGGAGAGCUGUUCACCCAUAUCACCACCAGAGGGCCCCUGUCUGACCUGGAGAGCAAGCUUGUCUUCGCCCAGGUCGUGUCAGCUGUCAAACACAUGCAUGAUAACAAUAUUGUGCACAGGGACCUGAAGGCAGAGAAUGUGUUCUACACUACCAGCCAGUGCAUUAAGGUGGGUGACUUUGGGUUCAGUAGCGUUUGUCAUGCCGACGAUGCCCUCCGCACCUUCUGCGGCUCUCCACCAUAUGCCGCUCCCGAGCUCUUCAAAAACAAAAGCUACGUUGGUCAGAACGCUGACAUCUGGGCGCUGGGAAUCCUGCUCUACUACAUGGUGACGGCCACCUUCCCCUUCACCGCCGUCAACCUGAGCAGGCUCAAGGCCUGCAUCCUCCAAGGCUCCUACACUAUCCCAGCCUUUGUGCCCGAACCAUGCCAGCAAGUCAUCAAAGGCAUCCUGAGGCCCGUGCCCGCAGACCGCCUCCACAUAGCACAGAUCAUGACCAGCAGCUGGCUGACGGGUGUAGUCUACCCUCAGGCGUACCCCAACGCUUGCCUCACGCCUGCCCCCCUGGCCGAGCCCGGGCGGACCCUGAGCUUGAGCGAGCUGGACGUGAAGGCAGCCCUCCAGGAUCUGGGCAUCACGGAGGCCCACCUGCUGACCCACAGCUGCCUGGACCUACGGAGUCCCAUCACAGGGGCCUACCGCAUCCUGCUGCAUCGCAUGCACAAGAGGAAGACGGUGGAGGCCAUUGGCUUCAGCUCCAUGUAUCCCAAAAAGCUCCCUGACAGGAGGAGAUGGAGCGAGACCACGGGAGCCAUGGUGAAGCAGACUCCCUCGGCCGUGUGUGUCAUUGUGUAAAAAGAAGUACGGAAAAUAUUAAGUCAUACAUUUUUUGUCGAUAUAAUACAAGACAGUUUGUUGAAUUGUGUUACAUUUGAACAUAUUUGUCCUAACUGUAAAUCCAAUAUGAAGAAUCAUUUAUUAAUUAAGUGAAGAAAAUUGGUUUUACUUUUUACAUACAAUGUGACAAAUGUGUACAUCUUUUUUUAAAUAUAACUGUGUUAAAAUUUGGUUCCCUGAGAGAGAAGUGCUGUAGGUCUGUAAAAUGCCUUGAUAUUGCAACCUCAGGGGAUUGCCUUAACAAGUUCUUUAUUUUGUAUUGAGUGUUGUGCUAGUAUUUUUUUACAGAUAUCACUAUGAUUGUCACUAUCACAAUUACAUUGUGUAAAGCAUGUUGAAGAGAUUUAUUGUAUUAAUUGGUUUGUCAUACUUUUUUCCAUCAUCCGUGUCACUGUAAAUAAUUUGUCACAUAAAAAAUAUGUUAAAUGUA